GCCAGGACGGCGCCCGUGGCGGGCUGGGAGGCCGGCCCAGAGCACUGCGGCGAGCGCCCCCCGGGCCCCACUCCGGCAGCCCCGGCGACCCCACCACGCGCCCGCCAUGCCCGAGCAGCUCAGCGUCGCCGAGUUCCUGGCCGUCACUGCAGAGGACCUCAGCUCCCCGGCCGGGGCUGCCGCCUUCGCCGCCAAGAUGCCCCGGUGCCGCGGGGCAGCACUGGCGCGGGAGGAGAUGCUGGAAGGAGACCAGGCCAUCCUACAGAGAAUAAAGAAGGCUGUGCGGGCGGUCCAUAGCUCCGGCCUCGGGCACGUGGAGAACGAGGAGCAGUACCGAGAGGCCGUGGAGUCCUUGGGCAACAGCCACCUGUCUCAAAACAGUCACGAGCUGUCCACCGGCUUCCUGAACUUGGCCGUGUUCACCCGCGAGGUGGCCGCGCUCUUCAAGAACCUGGUUCAGAACCUGAACAACAUUGUCUCUUUCCCCCUGGACAGUCUGUUGAAGGGGCAGCUGAGGGACGGGCGACAGGGAGGGGACUCAGGGCAGACCCCCCAAAAUCUCCCCAAUACCCUAGGCCUGAGCCUACCAAUUCAGACGGAUUACUGGCAACUGCGGGAAGAGGAUUCCAAAAAGCAACUGGAGAAGGCAUGGAAGGACUACGAAGCCAAAAUGGCCAGGCUGGAGAAGGAGAGGGACCGGGCCAGGGUGACAGGAGGGAGUGCCGGGGAGGUGGCGCAGGACACCCAGAGAGAGCGACGCGUCUUCCAGCUGCACAUGUGUGAGUACCUGCUGAAAGCCGGGGAGAGCCAGAUGAAGCAAGGUCCUGAUUUCCUGCAGAGCCUCAUCAAGUUCUUCCACGCCCAGCACAACUUUUUCCAAGAUGGCUGGAAGGCUGCUCAGAGCCUGUCCCCCUUCAUUGAGAAGCUGGCGGCCUCAGUACACGCACUGCAUCAAGCCCAGGAGGAGGAGCUACAGAAGCUGACCCAGCUCCGGGACUCCCUCCGAGGGACGCUGCAGCUUGAGAGCAGAGAAGAGACUCUGAGCCGGAAGAACUCAGGAGGUGGCUACAGCAUCCACCAGCACCAAGGCAACAAGCAGUUUGGGACAGAGAAGGUGGGCUUUCUGUACAAGAAAAGUGAUGGAAUUCGAAGAGUCUGGCAGAAAAGGAAGUGUGGAGUCAAGUAUGGCUGCCUGACCAUCUCACACAGCACGAUAAACCGGCCACCAGUGAAGCUGACCUUGCUGACAUGCCAAGUGAGGCCAAACCCCGAGGAGAAAAAGUGCUUUGACCUGGUGACCCACAACAGGACAUACCACUUCCAGGCGGAGGACGAACAUGAGUGUGAGGCGUGGGUGUCUGUGCUGCAGAACAGCAAGGACGAAGCCUUGAGUAGUGCCUUUCUGGGGGAGCCCAGCGGCGGCCCGGGGCCCUGGGGGGGCGCCGGGCUGGACGGGGAGCCCCAGGACCUCACCAAGCUGCUCAUCGCCGAGGUCAAGAGCAGGCCCGGGAAUGGCCAGUGCUGCGACUGCGGGGCUGCAGACCCCACUUGGCUCAGCACCAACCUGGGCGUGCUCACCUGCAUCCAGUGUUCCGGAGUCCACCGCGAGCUGGGCGUGCGCUUCUCACGCAUGCAGUCCCUCACCUUGGACCUACUGGGCCCCUCCGAGCUAUUGUUGGCCUUGAACAUCGGAAACACUCGCUUCAAUGAGGUCAUGGAGGCCCAGCUGCCCUCGCACGGCGGCCCUAAACCCUCAACUGAGAGUGACAUGAGCACCCGCAGGGACUAUAUCGUGGCCAAGUAUGUGGAACACAGGUUUGCCCGGCGAUCCACCCCCGAGCCUCAGAGACUCUGGAUGGCCAUUUGCAACCGGGACCUCCUGUCUGUACUGGAAGCCUUCGCUAAUGGGCAGGACUUUGGACAGCCACUGCCGGGGCCUGAGGGGCAGGCACCUGGAGAGCUCGCCCUGCACUUGGCUGUCAGAGUCACCAACCAGGCCUCCCUGCCCCUGGUGGAUUUCAUCAUCCAAAACGGUGGUCACCUGGAUGCCAAGGCUGCUGACGGAAACAGCGCCCUGCACUGCGCUGCUCUCUACAACCAACCCGACUGCCUCAAGCUGCUGCUGAAAGGGAGAGCCUCAGUUGGCACAGUGAACGAGGCAGGAGAGACAGCUCUGGACAUAGCCAGGAAGAAGCAGCACAAAGAGUGUGAGGAGCUGCUGGAGCAGGCCCAUGCCGGGACCCUCGCCUUCCCCCUGCACCUGGACUACCCCUGGGGGAUUUCCACAGAGCCUGGCUCUGACAGUGAGGAGGAUGAGGAAGAGAAGCGCUGCCCGCUGAAGCCCCCAGCCCAGGUCCGCUGGGCCAGUGGGAGGCUGGACAUCAGCAACAAGACCUACGAGACCAUCGCCAGCCUGGGACCAGCUGCCCCUAAGAUCCAGAGUGAGGAUUGCCCCCCACCUUUGCCGGUCAAAAACCCUUCUCGGACCAUGGCCCAAGGGCGUGCGGGACAUGCCAGUGGAGAUCGUUCUGAAGUUCCCAGCCUGAGCUCGGAGUCUGCUGGGGUCCCUGAGAACCUGAGCAGUCCAGCCUCCUCCUCCUCCAGCCUCACAAGCCCCGUGGAACCUGGGGGUCCCAACCAAACCCUACCCAGCUCUGAAGAGGCCCUCUGGGAGCCCCCGGGCCCCUCCCGACCCAGCCUGACAUCUGGAACCACCCCUUCAGAGAUGUAUCCCCCUGUCAGGUUCAGCUCUGAGAGCACUCGCUCCUAUCGGCGGGGGGGCCGGAGCCCGGAGGACUGUCCUUCAGCCCGGCAGCCUCUACCCAGAAGGAACAUGCCGGUUGGCUUCACUGAAGGAGACGGUUCAAGGACUGGGGUUCUCCCAGCAAGUUCUGUGCAGCUUUUGCAAGACUAGCUCCUUACUAGCCCUUGCAUGCCUGAACCACCCCCAUGCUGGACCCCAGAUUCAGAGCUAGGACUUGAGCCCACAAGACUGGGGAGCUGAGGUGUUUAUGCCCUGGGGUCUUGCUGUCUCUGUCCCUUGUGCCUCUGUGGCUGGCCUUCCUCCCUGACAUGGGCCCAUGCCCCUGCCAAGGGCACUGGGCCCCUCCAUGUUAGGGCUGAUGGCCGUUUGUCUCCAUCUCAUACCUGCCAGGGACCAGGGAGCCCUAUGGCUGGACCCGAGUGCUCCUGACCCAGCUCCAACUGCAGAACCUUCAAUCCCUCAUCAGACCAGGACUGUGUUUCUUCCAUCAGUCUGGGGGGCUCUAACCUGCCUUCAUCAUUCUGCAGGCCAGGGAUUCUGCCAGACUAGGGACUGUCUUCUCAGCCAUUCAUUAGCCUAGUAUUCUUUGACUGAGUUCUGGCUCUUUGUCCAUUCCUGUGCUAGGCACUGCAGAUGUCACAGGAAUAAGACAAAGGUCCUGCAGAUGUGGUCCCUUUCCGGGCAGCUGGUCCCACGAGUUAGGCUUGGAAAUGGGCAGGGCUAGAUUCCAGAGGAUGGUUCUGGGCUUAGGGGCAGACUGACAAUCAGCUGGCUUACACCUGAAUAACAUUGCAGUUGUCUACAGCCUGUAUCCAUUCUGGUUGCUCAGUGCCCGUGCUAUACUGGCUGUUAAAUAAAUAUUCUGAAUAUCACUCCUUUUGAGGGACAGCACAGCCUUGCUGGGGACCUCUGUUGUAACAGAUUCCCAGCCAGGAAGUAGAGGAGGGUUCACCCCCAUUCGCUUACUCUCCUUGAUUUAGCAAGAAUGAAAGGAAUGGUCUGGGAUGAUUAUCCUCACUUCUCUCCUCUUUCUGUCAGUCAACUCAGGAACCUUCCAGUCUCGGGGGAGGAAAGGGCCAAGAAAGGAGAAAGGAGAGUGAUAGAAAUGGAGGGUGGAGACUUAAAGGUUCUACUUCCCAGCGCCAGAAAUUCCACAGUCGCUUUCAGGCCCGUAUUGGAAAACAGAUACACCUAAGCCAUCAUCAGUCUCUUAACAGGUCAGCUUUAUAGGCGCUGGGCACUGGGACCUGGCAGGGAUGGACCAGGACAAACAGGGGAGGCCAGAGGAUGCCAAUGGCCAAUGCAGCAGCCUGGUCCGGGAGGCUGCGCUGUUUACCCUGGAGACCUGACAGGUGUGUGAUCCCACAGGAGCGAGGUUGUCUUCAGAGCCCCCAGUGUCUUGUUAUUUCACUCAUCUCUAAUAAAAGAUUUUUCAGAGUAAA